AUGUUCGAAGGUCAGGAACUAAUGGAAAAUUCUAGUAGUGUAGUGUUCAUCGAGAACAUGGAACCAGAUACGGUGAAGGCGAUGCUGGAAUUUAUUUACACGGAUGAAGUCACUGAACUGAACCCAUUCGCAAGUCGAUUACUGCAAGCUGCUCGUGAUUACAAAUUGCCGCGUUUGAUAACAAUGUGUGAAAUGGUUCUUUAUAAAUCACUCGAUAUCGAGAACGCCGCUGAGCUGUAUGUGCUUGCGAAUGAAUGCGGUUCCAUCAAAUUGGAGGAAAAUAUUAAGAAAUUUAUCCAUGAAAAUUUCGGUGAUGUGAGUGCAACUGAAGGCUACAAACACCUACCCGUGACGUUAUUAUUAGAGUUGAUAAAACGAUCGAAAGAUGAGAUUUAUCGAAAGGUGAACAUUUUUGCGAUUGUCUCACAUACCGAUCAUCACGACUUCGAGACAAUUUAUCCCGUGACAAUCGAUAAUUUUCGAAAUUCUUCCAUAUUUGGUCUCAAAUUGGGGAAUUGGUCUCAGUUCAAUUGGACGAAGAUCGAGACCAUCGAUAUUUUGAAAGUCUGCCACGCUCAUUCCUCAUUGGGUCAGUGGUCUGAGGCGGUUAAUUUGAAUAGAAAACUCAUUUAA